CUCAGUGGCAGCCCAUCAAGGCGGUACUACGUAGGAAACGAGAAAAAAUCGGUAUUCGGAUUUCGUGAUCACAAUGAUUAGCAGUGACAGUGAAGACGAGAUAUUCUUCGGACCUGUUGUAACUGAGAAGGAACUUCGGAAGAUCCAGCAACUGGAGGAGCGCAAGGCACAGCUCUUAGACCCAGCAACCUUCCAUUCCCAAGACGAAUCCAUUCCUGAUGCUGGAGAAGCUGCAUCUGAAGAAGAGAAGGCCACUAACAAGGAAGCCACUUCAGUUGCCGACCAGAUUCAUCUCAAGACUCCCCAGUCAACUUCAUGCACGAUCGUUGAGCAUGGAUCCCCCUCCAGCCAGGAUUAUGCUUGUCAAACUUCAAGAGCUUCCUGCAGUGUCACAGAAUGUUUUGAACCGGUGUUAUUGCGACCCGAUUCUGAUGAUCUUGCCAGUAGUUUUAUUCCAAUUCCUGAUUUUACUGAUGUACAGGAGACCCUUGUCAGAAGCAGCGACCUGGGGGGUGUUUCUCCUGGCAUUCAGCCAAUGGUUCAUCUCCUAGAUGAAAGCAAAUGUAAUGAAGGAUCAUCACUGAAGAGCAAUCAGUCGUCCAUGUGUGAGGAGCCUGUGCUUAUUGAAUCCCAUGCUAUUUCCAGUGAUGUCAUGGAGACUGACAGUGGAAACAGUGCGACCACAUCUGUAAUUGUCAACUUGGAGGAUAGUAAAAGAUACUCUAGUGAAGCCACCCUUGCUGUUGAGAGUGAUGGUGGUCAGAUCAACUCAUCAGGUUACUUUGGCUGUGGGGAAACUUCUGAUGACAGUCAUACUGUUGCAUCACAUUCGUUUGUGUAUUCGGCUUGUGGAUCUGAUAAUAUAAUCACCAACCUUACCUCAAAUGUUGCUGAAACUAAUGAUAAUAAGUGUGUAAUGAACUCAACUGGUCAAUCUUUUGAAGAAAUGAAUCCACCUAGCCAUACUCCUGGCAUGAAUAUUCCUGAUGCCUCUUGUUUGGGAAGUAGCGACAAUGAACCAAUGGAAAUAGCUGUACAUGACAAAGAAGAGCACAGACCUGAUGUGCCAUCUAACGCAGGCUCGAGUAUUGCUUCUAACAACUUGCAUGCUCUUGCUGGUGCUGCCUGUGAUUACAGUUACCUAUCUGACCGCUUUUCCAUCAUCAGCAUUGAUGAAAAUGAUAUUCAGGACCUUUCGACUCAUCUUGAUUGCAUUGAAGAAGGUGCUGAAAGUAAAAUCUCAAAUGAUAACAACAGGGACGUGUGUGUUGAAAAAGAGCCUGUUGACAUGAAUCAACCCAAACUGGAGGCUGAAGUUGAUAGUUUUGGUGAACCAAGUGCUCAGUAUGACUCAAGUUUCAAUGAGAAAGUUGAUAUAUCCAUUGAUUUAUCUAAUGAAAAUGUCCCUUCUGACUGUGCAGAUUUAUGCUCCGUAACUCCUCCCUCAAUGAUCAUGCAUAGAAAACUGGCAUGUGGAGCUGCAACACCCCUCACACCAUCAGAGCUCAUCACUCCACCUCCAAAAUAUGAUAUUUAUUAUAAUGAUCCUAUUGAGUUGUGUUCUAAUAUCAAAUCAUCCCCAUCUGAAGAUAAUUGUUCAACCCAAACUAAUGGAUUGGAAGAAUCUGAGAAAUCUGAUCAUUGUACAAGAGGGAAGAGUUGCUCUGAUUCACUCUCAGAAAAUUCGUCACUGUGCCUUCUAGCUGAUGUUGCUAUUGCGGACCAAGAACGCAAAACACUUCAGAGCGGCGAAUCAGACGUGGGUGAUAGUUGUCAAGCUUUGAAUGACUUAAAAACUGGAAUGCAAGAAGAAAUAGCUUGCAACACUAAUAAAUUUUCUACUGAUGAUAAUCUUUUGAGCCUUCCAUCUCCUACUAAGAGGAAUUCUCAUAUUACGACGGCAUCACAGCCAAAUGUACCCGCAUUUAUCUGCAGAAAUAUGACCACGACUCCGGUGAAAAUGCAGCCCUGUUCUCCCGCUCGGGAAAAAUUUCUGACAUUUGCUCGUGAAUUGAAGGAAGGGACAAUAUCAGAUACCAGCCCUUUCAAGGCAAUCAUUGCUUCAGUGCCGACAAGAUCCCCUGUCAGAAACAUCAACAAAGAACUUGGUCUGAUGCAAGAGAGUGCAUCUUCUAAAGCCUUGCAAAGCAAUGCUCUGAGAAAUAGAUUUCAAGAUAUUGACCUCACUUCUGGUGUGCAAGUGCAAAAUAUUCCUGCUGAUACUAAGGUUGAAAACAAAAUCUUAGAUGAAGCGGUUGGUAUUGUGGAUUUGAAGAAAGAUGCUGACAGUGUGAUCCGUUCUCUUGGUGAACAUAAUUCAGUCCCAAGACAGAGCUUCUUCUCUGCUUUAGAAGUUAUUGAUGUGCACAAGCCUGAUAUUUAUGGAACUUUCUUGACUGACUCGGAGGGGAAUUCUGAAACUCAAUAUGAACCCGAAGUUGACCUAGUUGAACAAAAUCAUUCUGAAGUGCAAAAUUCAUCUCAUGUCGACAAUUUGGAUUUGCUGGAAGCACUUGAAACUGCUAGGGAGUCAGACGAGGAUGAAAGCUUCAAUGACCAAAAUUAUGAUGCUUCACAUGAUCUUAAUGAUGUCAUGAUGCAAUUUAAUGAUACGUUGGAGAGAAUGGAUUACUUACUGAAAGCUAGCCAAGAGUACAACGAAGGACUUCAAAAGCAGGAGGAACAACAAGUCGUUGAAGAUUUGGUGCGAGAGCCACCAAAAAGCUGUUCCACCAUACCUGAGGAGAAGGAAGACGGGCGUAGCAUCACUGCAACGUCGUCACACCAUGAUGGCACUGUGAACAAAACUGUAUCGGAUGUUGGCAGCUACAACUCGUCUAGUUCUGAAGUUGCACCUGCCAAUUUGGCCAUCCAUGAAGUCUCUGGUGGAGAGGAUGUCAAAGAAAUAGCCGUAGGUACUGAUCUUCGAAAUGAAAUAAAGCUGGAGGACGAGUCAACUAUACUUGGUUGUAAGAAACAUAGCUUGGCAAGUAUUGCAUCGAACUGCUCCUUUACCCCCAUGUUCGAUUCAACUCACACGUCGUGCAUCCCUCGCCCUGUAAUUCCAAAUGAACUGCCCUCUGGGGAGGCUGGAAAAUCUGUCAGAACCUCUACCAACUCCACGCUAGGUGGCAAACAAAAUCGCAUUGUUGAACAUGCGAUAGGUUCUUCAACGGAGAAUAGCAAGCUACAUAGUUCAUGUGUUAACAGAAAAGAUCUUGUGAUUAAGACACCCCGCAAAAGCCUCGAAAAACCAUCAAGUAAAUGCCAUUCAGUUAAAGUGACUCCUGCCAAGCCUCCUCGGUCAGCUCCGAUUAACCUAGAAGUGAAGCCAAUUGCUAUUGUUUCUCCAAGUUUGAUGAACGAUUCUACGAGCAAAAAACAUCCACUUCCGGAGUCGAAUCGGCAGAAGGAUGACGUGGAGAGUAGAACUCCAAGGCCAGCUCUCAGGUCUCCCAUGGCUGCUCCAAAAAGUGCUCCUACCGAUUCAGCAACCUGUCUUCUAUCUCGACGAGUAAUGUCUUCAAAUAACCCUUGCAAGUCACCAAAAAACACUUCAUCAUCUUCUAAUUUGUCCCGUCAUCCUAGCAGUCAUGCACUCGAAACUGGAAUUUUCAGAACCCCUGUCCGAACAGUUCCAGUAUACAAGAAUGUCAACCAAACCCACAGCCUCCCUCCCAAGAAAAUACCACAAAACUCUCGUCGGCCAUUUACACAAUCGUCACUGCAGACAACAAAUCCUCAAGUACUCAAAUUCUCUCAUUCUUCCGCAGCCUCAUCAGCCAAACCAGUCUCGUUAGCUUCUACACCCAACAGAACUGCGCCCAAAACGCCCAGGUUUGCUACUCCACAAGGUCCUGUUGCUCGUUCCCUCGCGAAAAACCCUCCUCCAUUGCUCUACACAAAUGUCAGACCCAAGUAUUGUCUUAGUCCUACCAGACUCCAUGAGCCUCGCAACGAACCAAGCAGUGCCAGCCAGAACGCAGCCUCUCCUGUUGAUCUUGAUGACAGCAUAAGGGAACGGAACCAAAAAAUUGACCGCAUCCAGAAAGCACUGGACCAACUUACCUCCAAGCAAUCCCCUCUGAGUGCCCACAACUCCGCGCCCCCGAGACCCGCGGCCCCAGCUGUGCUCAAGACGCCCCUGCCCUUCGUGCGCUACACCAACGCUCCUGCCUUGCAGCUGAACAACAAAGAGAACGCCGCACCCAAGCGUCCAUGCUGUCAGGGCAAACCUCAGGAGCUGAGUCACAAUGACCCACAUAUGCAAGUCCUCAGACACACAGGUCACGUGAUGGUGGCCAAGGGCUCCUCUGAAGACGACUCCCUCAUGGAGGUGUCGGUGCACGAGCGACGCUCCAUUGCCUACGCCGGCAUCUUCGGCUCCAAGAAUCAAUAGUUUAUUAGUUCAUGAUAUUAGUUUUAGUUCGUAUCAUUAUGAGGAAUUGUGGCAGCAUCAGCUCAUUGUUUAUUUUUAUGUUACACAAUACUUCCGCACAUCAAGUCUAUGUUAUUAUUUCUUUUAAAGUACGUUUUCAAAAGAAAGCUGUUAAACUUUCUUCUAUCUGCAUACACGAUCGUACAAUGUCUUUUAAUUACCGAUGAUUUUUUUUUCAAACGUGCAAGCUCGUCGAGUGUUCGAUGUAUAGAAAGAUAAUGCGAGACUGCUGUUAUGCGAUGCAUUACUUGUUAUAUUUUGGAGAUUUGGUACUUGAUGCCAAUUACCUAUCGACGUAGCGAUCUUUGAUUCUUUUCAAGUUGUGUAGCUAACAUCAUAAGUAACACAUGACGCAUAGUGCUUAAAAAUACUUAAUGUUUUGCGCGAGCUCGUGCCGAUAUUAAAAAGGCAUUCAAUUUUUUCCCAGUGUUAGCUAGCUGGAAAAAUUUUUCACCAUUUUAUUUUUAUCUCAGGUAGAGUGUGAUGAGUUUUAUUCCAGCUUCGUUUCCAUGGAGAAAUUUUCAGUACCUAGUUAAGUUUACCUACGGUAUGUAUAAUUUUAAGCAAUACUUAGUUAGAAAUAAGUCUUAGUUGUUUCUGAUUCUUGUUAGGCAACAAAAGUCUAGAUGCUUUUCAAUUUAUAAUGGAACUGUUCAACAUACGAUAAUGGCCAUGCGCUGUGAAGUGGUUGUCUCAAAUAAGAUAUUAUUAAGUCGCCUUUUUUUUCAACAGUCGUUAAAGUUGAGACAGA